AUGGAACAACCACAGAUGCAACAAAGUAUAAAGCACAACUCACCACUACCAAUCUGGGCUUUGACCCCAGGUGAGGAAAAGAAAGCAAGGAAGAACUUGAAAACUAUGGCUUACGGCAAAUGCGGAGAAUAUAUAAAGGCUCUAGCUGACUGUGCUAAAGAAAAUGGGAUCAAGGUGUUCCCCACUUGCGAUCCUCAACGUAUAAAAAUGAAGGACUGUUUACUGUUUUAUCAAACAGACCCUAAGUUUCUCGACGAGGAGAGAGAUAAGGUCAUUUUGGAAAAGAUAAACAGCCUUGAGAAAAGGUUGAAAGAGAGUAAAUUGAAUAAUAAAUAA